UUUUCCACACUAUUCAAACCGUUCUCCCACCUUCAUAGGGAACACGCACAUGAUUGAGAGAAGAUAUACAGUUACAGAAACACAUGACUAGAAGAUAAGUUAUGUUCAUCUUUAUUAUUACACUGACUUUGGUGGUACUUCAGACUCCUGCACAGUGCUCAGGGGCCAAUCUUAAAAUUGGCGUCCCUGAAAACUAUGAUGGUAUUUUCCCAUGGUACCUGGCUAAGCUCCCUAACCUCCCAGCUACCUCCACUGACGUGGUGGUGACAGGGGACGAUGAGGGGAUCUUUGGAGUUGAGGCAGGAUUUCUUUACGCCUUGAAGCCUCUGGACAGAGAGAAGCAGCCAUCUUACUCUCUGCAGGUGUCCUUCUCAGCAUCCGUGCCGUCUCAGAGCUUUAUGGUAGAAGUAUGCGUCAUUGACAAAAACGACAACGUGCCUGUGUUUAUCGAGGAGAGCAUGAGAGGCAGUGUGCAGCUGGGACUUCUGAAAGGGAUCUCAUUCAUGCAGGUGGGGGCAUCUGACCGUGAUGACCGUAACACAGCCCAUGCUGACCUGCGCUUCAGCCUGAUGGACCAGACCCCCAGGAUCCCCUCCAGUCACAUGUUCUUCAUAGACUCUGUGACCGGCGAGGUGUCUCUCACUGAGGACGGGGCUUCCACCCUGGACCCAGAGAUGUGUGGUCGCUACAAGCUGUCAGUGAUGGUGAAGGACAUGGGGGGGAAACCCAACGCUUUCUUCUCCACGGGCAUCGUGACAGUGGAGGUGACGGGGAACACUUGGGCGUCACCGGACCCUGUUCGCCUCCAGGAGAACCUCCCUGGCCCCUACCCCAUCCCCAUCUCACAGGUGAAGUGGAGUGGAGGUCUGGUAGAGUAUAGCCUGGAGGGGGAAUUCCCAGAGAUGCUGUUCACUGUCAGCAGAGAGGGAGUCAUCUCUCUCAACGCCCCACUAGACAGAGAGACUCAGGACCAGUUCCAGAUCAGCAUCGUGGUGGAGCGUCCGGACGGCAGGGAGAUCGCCAAGCCUGUGGAGCUGAGGGUGAUGGUGGGCGAUGCCAACGACAACAGGCCCACGUUCCCUACCACACAGUACCACACCGUGGUCAAGGAGCUCGCCCCACGGGGGACGGAAAUCCUCACAGUUCAAGCAGCCGACAACGAUGAUCCGAAAACAGAUAACGUGAGGAUCUUCUACCGGCUGGUUGGCCAGAUCCCAGAGAGCCCUCGUGCCUUGUUCCGGGUGGACCGUGACUCUGGGGUCAUCUCAGUGCAGGCAGACAACCUGGAGGGAGCCGCCCCACAGUACACACUGACCAUCACUGCUGAGGACGCUAAAGGCUUAAACAGCUCCUGUACUGUGGUUGUGACAGUGCAGGACGAGAACAACAACCCACCCGUCUUCACUCCACACGAGUACGGCCCCUUCCACCUGGCAGAGGAUGCUCCUUUGGGAGCCACGGUAACCGCGGUGUCAGCGUGGGAUGCUGAUGAGAGGGGAGGAGACAGCUGGCAGGUGAAUUACAGGCUGGAGUCUGGCAACGAGGAGGAGGUGUUCACGCUGGUCACAGACAAGCAGACCAAUGAAGUUUCACUCAUCCUCUCCAAGGUGCUGGACUUUGAGCGGGAGAGCGAGUACAUCCUGGUCCUUAGUGCUCAAAACCCAGUGGCCCUGGUACGAGGGAGGUAUGGCCCAGCGUCCACGGCAACCGUCUCCAUCUAUGUGGACGAUAUCAACGAGGGCCCCAUCCUGUCCCAGAGCCACUACGAGGUCACUGUCAGAGAGGGGGAGGAGCCAGGACGGGUUAUUGCCACUAUUCGUGGAUAUGACCCAGACUCACACCCAAUCAGAUACUCGCUCAGAGGAGACACAAAGAGGUAUUUCUCCAUUGGGAAGUACUCAGGUGAGCUGAAGACCGUCCAGGCCUUGGACAGAGAGGAAAACAGCACCUACACUAUGGAGGUCAUGGCUGAAGAUGGACGGAACUCUUCUCUGUCAGCUUCAACACUGGUCACAGUCCAUAUCCUGGAUGUGAAUGARAACAGUCCGGUGUUGGUGGGAGACUACUCCUGGAAGUACCUGUGUACCCCUCGCUGGGAGGACCAGGCCUUGGUGCUGGCAUCCCGGGACAGUGAUGGUCCCCAGCACGGUGGCAGGCUCAACUUCUCCCUCCGCAGUGACGCCACCGUGCGUGGCAACUGGAAACUCACCCCCAUCAAUGACACCCAUACCAACCUGUCCCUGAACAUCCCAUACCUGUCUCCUGAGGUCUACACGGUCCCCUUCACCAUCUCUGACAGCAGCUCUCCUCCCAGGAGCACCUUCAUCAACCUGCCAGUGACGGUGUGCCCAUGCAAUGUGAGAGGAAACUGCAGGACCGCCGCUAAGCAGCUGCAAGGCAUGCCAACCAUCCAGUCCACCGUCGGCAUCCUACUGGGAACCCUGGGGGUCAUAGGAAUCAUUCUAAUCGUUGUGUUUGUGAGGCUGUCCUACCAGAACCCCAAACCGCCGAGCAAAACCAACCAGGAGAGAGAACCCCUGAGGAUCUCACUGUGAGGGUACUGCCUGCAUAUGUCUCCGACUUUGCCCAUAUGGACAGGGCCAUGAUAGUAGAGCAAUGAUAUAGUGAGAAUGUUUAUUCAGUACUGUGCAUAGUAUUUACCUAGUGGGUAGUUCUUAUAUUGCGGUGGUAUUUGUGCAGUGCAUUUGGUGGAAAAAUGCACUUCAUUUUUCUAGAUUUUUUUUAUUUAUAGUAAAUGUAUUUGGGUACAUCUUUCCAUUCUAAAUCAACUAAUGGCAGCUGAAUGACUUUAAAUAAUUUUCACCAUUAUGAUAACAUUGUACCAUCAGUAGGAGUAGUAACACCAAUGACGAUAACACCAAUGACACAUUUUAGGUAAAUGAGGAUUUUCUGAAAUGGAGGCCAUGUAUACUAAAAUCUAAGGCCAUUAACCCUUUAAAAAUCACUUACUAAAGUGAUAUGAGUAAUAAUUCUGCUCACAAUGUAAUUUUCCUUCAUUUAAAUAGAGUAACACCAAGCAAGACGUUGGAUUUAGACACAUCAAAUGAUCAAUGGAAUCCUUAAAUGUAUGAUAUACUAAAAGGGUAUGAUUAGCUUGUAAUUUUAUUUAAUAYACCACUCCCCGGUUAACAGUUUGCCACUGGAGGGAAUUCUCACUAGAGGGAAUACGCUUGCGUGUCGUGGAACACACCUUCCAAGUUGUUCAUUAUUUUGCAUAGAACGCAUGCCUCUCGUUGAUUAUCCCUUACGUAAUGAAUGAUUUUCGAGGCGGUAACACCAAUGACAUAAAACUGAGGGACACAUUAUAUUCGUAUUUCUUUUUUUUUUUAAUAGCCUACUGUUUUUAUAGAUCUUUACAGUAUGUUUAAUACUUUUGUUUACUUUCUAGCAUUCAAAAUAAUAGAUAGAUAUCUCUAAAUCCCCCAAAACAUGUCACAACAACCAGAGCCAUACAGUAUACUGUAUAUAGCGAGAGUUUGGCCAAUGUAAUUUCUGUCUGAACGCUCUGAGAGAGACACUUUUUGCUCCAUAGCCAUUGCUAAGUGAUAAUCAACACUUCCACGUUGUAAUGUUUAUUACUGAUCGUUUUUAAAAACCUAUGAAGAUGUCCGGCGAAAGCGGAUAUGCAAUUUGUUGACACCACAACACAGUAAAGACUUGGAUACACAUUAUUCAGAAUGCUAAUAAUUAAAAACAUCUGUGAAAAUUGCUGCUCUGUUUUGCUUGUUUACAGACCCCUCGUGGAAAAGUACUACUGAAUUACUACACAAAACCUACUGAUUUUACUACUUGAUUGCUAUUGAGAUGUGUAGUAAACCAGUAGUGAUUUAUGUAGUAAUUUAAGUAGUAAUGAGUGAUAAAUUGGGAUGUUUCAUGACUGGUGAACACAACAUAUUUCCUACUCAAAUCACUACAUAAUUCUCCCUUAAUGACUACUGUGUAACUACUGAGCUUUUGGGUAUCUACUACACAACAGUUUCUAAAUGUAGUUAUAUCAUCAAACAAUUAUAUAUACAUUUUGUAUUACAUUAAUUACAUAUUAAAUUACACAUUUACACUUUUUUGUUAAUCCAUUUGAGGCCUUGUCUUCAUUCAGUUGACUUAACUAUCUUCAGAUCCUCUUUUUUUGUUGCAGCAACAUUUCUCCACCCCUUAACCUUUUAGAAAAUUCAGACAAGCAAAAGAGACAACCAAUUAUAAGCCAUUAUCAAUCAUCAGCUAACAGGGGUCACAUWAGACAACACAGAAAAACAUUUCAUAAACGAUGUUAAUCUUACCAACAAUGGUCUCCAGUCUUCUUAUGUCAAAAGAGGUAAGUAGAAUGGGUAAGUAUACCAAUAUGAACAUACCCAACAUUUGCAUACAAACACACAUACUAAUUAACUAGCAUGACAAAAACAGAGGCUACAUAUCUACAUUUCAAUGUGGCUAGCAAACAACUAGGCUAAACUCAAUACAUCUCUAUGACAAUGGCUAACGGCUAAUACCGUUUUGGCUAGCAAUCUUUUUGAUGUAGUAAAAAGUGAUAUAAAUGGCUAAACAACGACAUGAACGUUUUCAUAAAAUAUAAAAGAUGGUGCCAGUAUAACGGCUAUGAAAGACUGGAUUACGAAGGAUGGAAGAUGAUUACAUUCGGGAUUAUCAAAAACAGUAGCUACGACUUCCUGUUUUGUCUUCUUUUGCGGUCGCGAAAAACCCGGGGUAGUCUGGCUGUAGUGUUGUGAUACUUAUUCACUACCAACAUCAAGUAGUAAAACUACUUGAUUGCUAUAGACAAGCCUGUGUAGUAAAGCUGUAAUGUUUUGACUACUUAUUUAUCAACAUCAAGUAGUAAAAAUGUAUACCUGAUUACUACUGGAAACACUACUGUUUUCCUACUGAAUACUACAAAACUCUACUUGAGUAGUGCAUAAUCUACACAUUCACUACACACUCCCUACAAGACUCUACAUAGUCACUACUGCACAAAUAGGUUUUGUGUAGUAAUUCAGUAGUACUUUGUCAUGAGGGGUGGGUAAUUUCAUAGGGAAUUGUCGGAGACGCUCUCGUAUAGUUACAUCACCAAAAUAUUGUGAAUAAAGACACUAACAAGUAUUUUGUUGGACAAUGUAUAUUAGGUAUAACAUGCGUAUCCCGUACAUAUGACUAAGAAAACUGGAAACUUGAAAACAACAUGGCGUCCGUUCUAAAAACCUGGCUGAACUCUUUUAAUAUAUGACUCUGACUACAACUCUACUGGGUCACAACUGGGACAAGGCAAUUUGCUAACCCUAAAUACUUUAAACAAUGCAUAAACAUAAGGCAGUAUAAAUGGCUUGUAUUAUAUUUGAUCAUUGACAAAAACAUGUUUGAAAAUGUAACUAUUCGUAAUUUUAAGGUGUUUCUGAUGGUUUUAAAUGCCACCGCAAUUCAAGAACCACCCAAGUUGCAGACUUUUGGCAUUGCUUAUCUACAGCAUUUAUGAGACAUUUGUUGCGUUUUAGUUAUAGUAUCUGUCAUAUUAUGUGACACACACAAUACUUUGUUUUUCUCGCAAUUACAAUAUAAUCAUUAAUUAAGAUUGCGUCAUACUGCUAUGCAUUAUAGGGAUGUUACAUUUAGUUAUCUUAGCAUGUAGCUAUUUUAUCUAUUUCAAAUAUUGACAUGUAAUGAUUUGUAAGAAUCAGUAGGUUUUUCCUGUUUAAUGUUGAUUUUAAACCUUGUAAUUAAAAGGCACGAUGCCAAAUUUAAUCUAUUCUUCGCACCAUAUCAUUCCACUGAUUACAUUUCACAUUGUAAUAAAACUAUUGAAAA